GUUGAAGCUUUCUUUGGCCAGAUCUGUUCUUUGUUCUCUCUCUUUCUCUCUCCUCUUCUCCCUUCCUCCCUCUCAUUUCUUCUGCUCUCAUAUGACUCGUGUUCAGUUUCUUCAUUGGACAUUUAUUCUUCUCUAGAGGGAGAAAAAGAAAAAUUGUCCCCUAUUGUUUCAUAAGAUCUGAGAAAAUUCCAUGCGCAGAUGACUUAUUAGAAGAUGGGGAGAAAAGGGGGUUGGUUUUCUGCCGUGAAGAAAGCUCUCAGCUCCGAAUCAAAGAAAGAUCAGAAAACCCAGAAAUCGAAGAAAAAAUGGUUGUGGAGGCAGAAGAACUCGGUUCCAGUUUCUACGGUGGAAGAAACUGCUGUAGUUUCUGCUCCUGUUCCUCCUCCCCCUCUUCCUAUUGAAGAUACAAAAUUAAAUGAAGCGGAAAACGAACAGAGCAAACGUGCAUACUCGGUGGCCCUUGCCACUGCAGCGGCUGCGGAGGCUGCUGUAGCAGCUGCUCAGGCAGCUGCUGAAGUUGUUCGCCUCACUGCUGCAGCACGUUACUCUGGGAAAUCACAGGAGGAAAUAGCUGUUAUCAAGAUUCAGACUGCAUUUCGUGGAUACUUGGCUAGGAGAGCAUUACGGGCUUUGAGAGGGCUGGUGAGACUGAAAUCCCUGAUCCAGGGGAAAUAUGUUAAAAGGCAAGCCACUUCAACAUUGCGAUGCAUGCAGACUCUAGCUCGGGUGCAGUCUCAGAUUCGUGCAAGGAGGAUUAGAAUGUCAGAGGAGAACCAGGCUCUUCAGCGGCAGCUCCAACAAAAACAUGAGAAAGAGCUUGAGAAGUUGAGAGCUUCUAUGAUGGGAGAAGAGUGGAAUGAUAGCACGCAAUCCAAGGAGCAAGUGGAAGCAAAACAGCAGAGCAGGCAAGAGGCAGCUAUGAGAAGGGAAAGGGCAUUGGCUUAUGCAUUCUCUCACCAGCAAGCGUGGAAGAACUUGUCAAAAUCACCAAAUCAGACGUUUAUGGAUCCAAACAAUCCCCACUGGGGUUGGAGUUGGUUAGAGCGAUGGAUGGCUGCUCGGCCCUGGGAGAACCGCAAUCCAACAGAUAAUUAUGAUCGUGGCUCUACUAAGAGUAUGGUAAGUCGUUCCAUGUCUGUUCGGGAGAUCAGCAGAACUCAUUCUCGUAGAGAUCUCAACCAAGAUAACAAGCCUUCCCCUACUGCCCAACAACCAAACCGACCUCCCAGCCGCCAAUCCCCUUCAACUCCACCUUCAAAUGCAGCAUCUGUGUCAUCAGUUACCAGUAAAAUGAAGGCACCAAGCACAAAAGGUAGCUGUUGGGGUGGAGACGAAGACUCAAGGAGCAUGCUCAGUGUUCAAUCAGAGCGAUACAGGAGGCAUACCAUUGCAGGCUCAUCAGUGAGAGAUGAUGAGAGCCUUGCCAGCUCCCCUGCAGUACCAAGCUACAUGGCACCCACAAGGUCUGCAUCAGCCAAAUCUCGUUUGUCAAGCCCAUUGGGAGUAGAGAAAAACAAGACACCAGAGAAGGGAUCACUGGUUUCUGCCAGGAAGCGGCUCUCAUUUAACGGAUCGCCAGCUGGAGUGAGAAGACAAUCUGGUCCUCCCAAGGUGGAUGCUACUCUACUUAACAAUACCUGAGCACAGACACAAUAAAAACUAACAAAUGGAGGCAGAAGGUAGUGCCACACACGCCAAAGGAACUUCAAAUUUAGGUAUAAAUUGAAAAGGGAGAAGGAUAAAUAAGGGAUGAGUUAAGGUUGAAUGUUAGUGUUGAUUAUCUUCUUUGGCAACUGCUCUUGUUGUAACAGGCGCCACGAAAGGAAGAGUAAAUAAAAUGUGUGUCACCAUAUUCUGUUGUUCUCUUUGUGGUUACAAUCAAAACUUGAAACUACUGCCCUUGCUAGGAACGUAAACUUAACGGUAUUCUAGGAUUGGUGUGUGUUGUGUUGGGGUGAUGAAAUUUAAUUUUGUGUUUGCAUUCUAUUGUUUGUUUGUUUGUAGGCUUGUGCACACUCAACUGAUCUUUCCAAUAUUCUUCCCCUUCCUUUUUCGAAUGAAUUCCUGUUUACAUC